AUGGUGCGCAAACUCAAGCACCAUGAGCAGAAGCUUUUGCGCAAAGUUGACUUCAUCAACUACCCCAAAGACGACCAACAUCGACAAGCAGCCGUGGUCAGGCGAUACUCCAUCUCCAACCCAGCCGACUACUCCUCCUACAACCGCCUCGCUGGCAAACUGCGACAUCUCGCACAUCGCAUCGCGCUUCUACCACCAGAAUCGUCAUUUCGUGCGAAGCAGGAAGAUGUCCUGCUCGAAAAAUUACAUGCAAUGGGCCUGCUAGGCAUCGGCGGUGGAGGAAAGGGCAAGCUGAGCGACGUCGAGCACAAGGUGACAGUCUCUGCCUUCUGUCGGCGACGACUUGGUGUCGUCAUGACGCGGCUCCGCAUGGCAGAGACUGUCAGUGGCGCCAACAAGUUCAUCGAGCAGGGACACGUGAGGGUUGGCACAGAAGUCGUGACAGACCCAGCAUUCUUGGUGACCAGUAGGAAUAUGGAAGAUUUCGUCACAUGGGUCGAUUCCUCCAAGAUCAAGAGGACCAUCAUGAAGUACCGGGACCAGCUGGACGAUUUUGACCUUCUUUGA